AUGAGUCCAUCAGCAAAGAAGAGGCCCAAGAAUAGAAUGGUUUCCAAGAUACAAGAUGAAGAACCACAGGACAAGAUACCACAACCUGUCAGCAAAGUAAUCGGCCGGAACCGACUUAAGAUGGUAUUAAAAAACUUGUCACUCUUGAAGCUGCUCAAGAGCUCGAACCCCCGGAUCCAAGAACUGCAUAACCUGGCCAAAAGGUGUUGGAAUUCACUGCUCAGAGUUCCAAAGAUCCUUGGGAUCUCCACUGGGAGCAGCAAUGUCUGCGAUAGAGUGGAACAAGGUAACGAAGAGCUCCAAGAUGCUGGGUGCCCCAAGAACAUACUGGAAUCCAAGAAAUCAGAGUCCACAGGGGAGCCCAAGGUGGGGCUGGGGGAGAAGAACAAAGCCCAGCAGUCACCCACAGCAGCGUGCCAGAGCAAGGCGCAGGUGGAGCCCGAGCUCCCCAGGACAUCGAAGGAUGAUGGCCUGACCACUUGCCCUGGAGCUCAGGGGAGGCAAUCACCCACUGGGGACCCUCCCAUCGUCUUCCUGAAGACCUACCAGCAUAGAACUCCCUCGGGGGACAAGCAGCAGCUGGAAGCAGCUGACCAGUGGAUCUGGUUUGAGGGGUUGCCCACGCGAAUCCACCUCCCAGGGCCCCGGGUGAUGUGCAGACCGUCUGCCCUGCGCUGGGUCAAGCGCUGCUGUACCCGCUUCUGCUCUGCAUCACUUGAGCUACCCAUGUGCCAUCUAUACAGAGUGUGA